GGGGUUUCGACCAGUUGGAACAGCGUCGUCGCAUUUACCUCCACUCUUGCGGGUGCCACGCGAGAAUGCUGCGCCCGGCGAAUUUGGACGGGUGCAAGAAGCCCCCAUCAUUGCGGCCACUCGGCAGCUCGGAUGACAACGUGCCCAGUUCGGUCGUGGCUGAAAGGACCCUUCUCAACGCGCAACUUCGUGGGUCUGUCCUGGAGCUCCAGCGACAGCUGGUCGCGGUGACUGCCGCUGGCGAGGCGCUCCAAGAAGACGUCCAUGCGAGGACUGUGGCACUGGCGCAACACGAUUCCCGUCAGGGUGGCCGAUACCCCGACCACUCAGAAGAACUGGCGUCUGCUCUGCAGAGAAAUGCAGCGCUGUCAUCGAAAACCAAGACUCUGGAGCUCGAAAUCGCCGACCUUUCGAGGCAUCUCGACCGCCUCGCACGGAGUUGUGCUGCGGCCAAUGUCGCUGCCACACGCCCUGCCACGUCGCCACUUCACCUUGCUUCAGCGCUCCACGUCGACGUGUUUGUGCGCACCUUUGUCAAAGGCUCCAAGGCGUCUUUGGCGUUCGAGAUGGAAUGGACCGAGAAAGACAUGGCGACGCUGACGGACGCAAUGGUCGCCAAUUUACCGCUGUUGCUAACCGCGGCAGUGGUUGGCGAACCCCGGAAAUCGUCACCGAAAUUUGCCAAGAAAAACACUCCAAACAGCGCUUCGUCCGCAAGUCCGUCGGGUGAGUUGCCGCAAGUGGAGAACGCAUCGCCACGGCGCCGCCGCCCUCGUUCCGACAGCGUUCACAGCGCCGCCAUCGCACCAAAUGCCAUCCCUCUCCUGAUGUGGCCGCCGCCCGACAACUCGGAACCCGCUCUAGAAACGCCCCCUUCGUCUGCAAACAGUAAACUGCCGUCCAACAUGCGAGGGCACCGCCAAGGAUCUUCGGAACGUAUUCGAUGGGCUCUACUCUCUCAAACAAUUGAUGGAACGACACACGACGAAUUGGACUCGCUCAUGCUUCCCGGGCUCGGGGAGGCCGUUGGGAUCGUCCCCGCCGUUGAACACUCGCGCACCCCACGGCCAGGAGGGUUUGAGCGGUCGAAGAGCGGAAGGCACGUCGACAGUGCCAACACCAUAGAAAAAUCGCUGCAUCCUGGUAUGCACCGUGCAGGUUCUCGCGUGAUUCGGGAGAAUAUGUCCGCACCCAUCGCGCUCGCAGCAACAGAACGGCCGUCGUUGUCGAGGCGGCCCAGCUCGAAACAGCACUUACAACCUGCGCUGGUGCCGAUCGUGGAUGCGGCCGUCAUGCCAGCCGCCGUCCAUCCUACCCGUCAUGUCACAGCCGAUGAAAUGGAGCAUGUCGUCAACGUCGUGCGGCGGCCGUCCUUGCGAGGAAGCACCACGAACAUACGAGCAUCUCCGCCGAUUAUUCAAGAGCCUCCGUCGCCACCGAAACCUGUCAAGUGCAUCCCCCGCCUCGCCAUGGUCGAGCCGUUCGAGUUUGCCGACUUGCAAGCGAAUAUUGAAGCGGACGACGACCGGGUCGAUACAGCCACCGCGCCAACCUUGACCCCAACCACGUCGCGAGGCGAAAUGGAAAUUUACAUCAGCCCGCCACGACCUCACUUUGACACCUUAAACCUAUCGGCCUCCCAUGCCGCCAUGCGGUACUUGCACUCUCCGCGACGGCAUCGAUCCGUCCCCGUGAGCUCUACCUCUAGCGACACCCCGCGACCGGAGCCGGAAGACUCGACGGCAAGGUCGUCUGUGGAUGGGUCGACGUCCCAGCGCGGAAGUCCACCGCGGCUCGCGCCCCUCCUUCAAACGUCUGCAUCAACUGUUUGCUUCAACACGUCCAGAGAAAGCCCACCGCGACAACCCAAGGAGCUGGCCGCGCCGGCAUCUUUAGCCAAGCAGCGCACCUCCAAACUCCUGGCUCGGAUCAUUCCGGCCACUACGUACAUGGACAGCACGUCGCCCACGUCCAUGAUCGACACUUGCGGCAGCACCGCCGUCAUGAUGACCACAUCUUCAUCGAUCGCCAUCGACCAAAGUAGCCCGCCACGACAAAGCGGCGUGCUUGGAAGCGUCGCGUCGGCUGCCAUGCUGCCCCUCAAAGCUAGCCCUCCCAAGCAACCUGCUGACUCGCCCAUUGCGUAAGGGGGCAUUUGGAUCGUCUUUUUGGCUAGAUUCUGAAUGGUGUAGACGCAACAUGGACAAGUCCCCGUCCGCGUCAAGGCGAGGAUUAUUUCCUUCGCCGUCCAGGACGUCCAUGGAGUGGAAGUGAAGGAGGCGCCGAUGGAACCGUGGUGGCGUUUUGUGGCAGUCGUUUCUGUGGUGCAGUCCAGCCGACAUAACAAUUUUGAAUCCAUGUGGGGUGUCCGGGGAAGGGAAUACGUCUCAUCUUGGCCA